AUGAAUAAGAUCAAAACUACAGACUUUAGUCCCAUGAGGAAAAGACAGAAAAGAAUGCAAAUUGCAGCUCCUCUGAGCAGCUACAAAAUAGAAUUUAGGGACAUAAUAAUUUUCAUUGUGGAGAGGAAAAUGGGAAUGACCAGGAGAAUGUUCCUGAUGGAUCUAGCAAGAAGAAAAGGCUUCCGAGUGGAAAAUGAGCUAAGUGAUUCUGUCACCCACAUUGUGGCUGAGAAUAAUUCCUACUCUGAAAUCCUGAAAUGGCUGCAGAAACACAAGGUGGAGGACAGCUCAAGAUUCAAGAUUCUCGAUGUCAGGUGGUUGACAGCCUGCAUGGAGGUGGGAAGACCAGUGGAUUCAGAGAAAUAUCAGCUUGCUGUAAGUCAAGUGGGACAAUUGCCAAGUGCAAAAACACCAAGUAUGGAAGUCAGCCCCUGGACCGGGGAUUCCAUUUCCCAAUAUGCCUGCCAGAGAAGGACAACUUUAAAGAAUUAUAACCAAAAGCUCACGGAUGCUUUUGAAAUCCUGGCUGAAAACUAUGAAUUCAAUGAACAUAAAGGGUUUUGCCUCGCAUUUAGAAGAGCAGCUUCUGUGCUGAAGUGUCUUCCAUUCCCUAUAGUUCGAGUAAAUGAUACUGAAGGACUGCCCUGGUUGGGAGAACAAGUCAGAGGAAUCAUUGAGGAUAUAAUGGAAGAAGGGGAGAGUUCUAAAGUGCAAGCUGUGCUAAACAAUGAAAACUACAGAUCAGUUAAACUCUUUACUUCUGUUUUUGGAGUUGGACUGAAGACAUCUGACAAAUGGUACAGAAUGGGACUGCGGACUCUGGAAGAAGUAAAAUGUGACAGGAACCUAACAUUGACAAGAAUGCAAAAAGCAGGGUUCUUGCACUAUGAUGACCUUAUUAGCUGUGUGUCUAAAGCAGAGGCAGAUGCAGCGAGUCUGAUCAUUCAAGAUACAGUGUGGAAAAUUUUACCUAAUGCUAUUGUAACAUUAACUGGUGGCUUCCGAAGGGGGAAGCAGACUGGACAUGAUGUAGACUUUCUGAUUACUGUUCCAGGAUCAAGGCCAGAAGAAGAACUGUUACACGCAGUGAUUGACAUUUGGAAGAAACAGGAAUUGCUGUUAUAUUACGAUCUUAUUGAAUCAACAUUUGAAAAUGCCAAGUUGCCAAGCAGAAAAGUUGAUGCUUUAGAUCAUUUCCAGAAGUGCUUUGCAAUUUUAAAAGUACAUAAGGAAAGAGUGGACAAAGGAUGCUCCAUCAGAUCAAAGGCUUUUGCUGAAGAAGAAAUGAAAGACUGGAAAGCAAUUCGUGUGGAUCUGGUUGUUACCCCUUUUGAACAAUAUGCAUUUGCUCUAUUAGGGUGGACUGGAUCUAGGCAAUUUGAACGAGAUCUGCGGAGAUUCGCCACCCAUGAGAAGAAAAUGAUGUUGGAUAAUCAUGCCUUAUAUGAUAAAACUAAGAAAAUUUUUUUGAAUGCUGCAAGCGAGGAAGAAAUUUUUUCGCACCUUGGCUUGGAUUACCUUGAACCCUGGGAAAGAAAUGCCUAAAGAAAUUUGAAUAAGAUUUUAUCAUUUCACUGUUUUAAAGAAAAACCUCCUGUGUAACAAAGCUUCAUUUACCUGAAAAGCAUAUCGUCCUUAUUAUUAUUAUUUAGGAAGAGAGCUCUUAAAUACAGCCUGAAUAUUCAUUGUAGGUGUA